AUGGAUGAAGAUCUAACCAAAUCAGUAUGGGAUGAUGAAUUCGAUUCCAAUAAACCCAGCAAUGAUCAUACUGCUAGUGGGUUCAGUGAGGGCUUGAGCAAUUCUUCUUCAUUUGGUCAAUCUAUCACUCCCUUGGCCAAUAAUUUCCAAUCGUACUCAAUCGAUGAUCCAUUUGCUAAUCCAUUUGAGGAUAAGAAGCCGGAAUCCGACGAAGAUAAUGACCAGGACGAGGAAGAGGCACAAAACUUUUCAAAUCUCAACCUAGAGCAAGAACAAAUACAUGAACUAAAAUCAGAGGAGAGGAAAGAGUUGAAAAGUCAGCUAUUAUCCGAACUCACAAACGGAUCUGAAGAGAGUGACAUAUUGAGCCAAAAGGCGCACGAACGGACACCAAAGCACGUCAGUAAAAGCGAUGAAUUGUUUCACGAUAAGGAGUCUCCCGUUAAACUAGUUCCGCUGGGUGAGGAGACGACAUUGUCGCCUAGUAAAACAUUGAAUGUGAAGAAGUUUAAAGCUGGAAGACCUCGCAAGUUCAACUCAAAGACAAACGUGCACCAUUUGAAUCCGUCGCAGUCUGGGCCAACAAGUGGUGAACUGCCACUAGGACCUUUAGGUGGCGCGACAAAGGUUGUAAAAGACGUGGCACUGGAACCACAGCAACACAAUCAGCAGCCAGAAAAGCUGGGCGAAAAAGUUAUCGAUGAUUCGAAAGGCUUGCAUGAGCCCAAGAAACAGCUGAGGUUUAGAAAGGAUGAAAAUGAGUUGGAUAUCACAGUGGCUGAUCCAACGAAAGUUGGUGACAUAACCUCAGCUCAUAUCGUGUACACUAUCAGAACAAGAAAUAAAAACCCCGAGUCUCUGAACUUCCCAAACUUGAGUACUGCAGAGGUGACAAGAAGAUAUAGAGAUUUUAGAUGGAUAUAUCACCAGCUCCAAGCUAACCAUCCCGGAAGAGUGAUCCCCCCACCUCCUUCCAAACAAAGUAUAAUUGGUAGGUUCAACGAAAAGUUGAUUGAGCACAGAAGAUUUGCCCUAGAAAAGAUGUUGCGCAAUAUCAGCAACAAGCCGGGUCUUGCCAAUGAUCCUGACUUUAUUUCGUUUUUGACAAAUGACGGAGACGGAAGAUUCAAUGAAGGUGGUGAUCUUGAGAGUUCGGCCUAUAAUGAGGGCGGGCAUAAUAAUUCCACCACCUCGUCUGCAGCCAGUGUUGCAACCAACGCUGCCAUAGCCUCUACUGGUUUCAUGAGCUCGCUAUUCUCCUCGUCCAGUAAAUUUGUUGACCCAGAUCAAUACUUUGUGGAAAAGAAAAACUACCUUGAUGAUUUGGAGUACAAUUUGAAACAAUUUGCUAAAACUAUUGAUUUGAUUGGGACACAGCGACAAGAUAUGAUCAAUAUCCUAGAAGAGUUGGCAAUCACAGUGGAGGAAUUGUCUGCGUUGGAGAUCAGCAAGGCUACUGCAGAUAUUCUCAAUGCCUUCAGCGAAGUUGAAUUUAAAAUCAAAGAUAAUUUAGACAGACUCAACAUCUCGGAUCAGUUGACGAUAGGGUUUACCAUUGACGAGUAUUUGCGAAUCAUUGAGUCUAUAAAUUAUGUUUUCCAAACAAGAACAAAAAUUCACCAACUGUAUUCUUCUUUGACGUCGCAAAUAGAUAAGUUAACCAAAAAGCAGCCACUUCUGCCUGAGAGGUCGUUUGAAGUUGAAAAGCUCAAGGAAAGACAGAGCGACUUGAAGAAGCAGUUUGAUGACAUAAGUGCCACCAUUAAGACUGAGUUGGAAGAAUUUGAACUCAAUAGGAUUGACGAUUUUAGAAAUAAUGUUGAAAUCUACGUCGAGAGUUCUAUAGAGUCACAGAAGGAGGCAAUUGAGUUCACAUACGACUCUACCAUGAGCAUCCAAGUACAUUUCAACGACGUCAAGUUGUCAGUAAUAUCAAUACCCAGGUCCAAAUUGUGGAUAUUUGCCAACUCAAUUGUACAACUUCUAUACGACGCAAUCGGAGACGAGAAAAACCACCGUGACUCAUCCGAUAGCAGUGAAAAUGGAACCGAUUAUGACGAUGCUGAUGAUGAUUAUGAUUCAAAUGCAGAAGGUAAUGAUAUGGAAGGAAAACAUGGUAAACCAAGUGCAGAUUUCGAGGGGUCAACGCGCAAAUCGGUUGAUAAUUCUAGCAAACCACAGUUAAAUCCUACUAGUGCGACCACAUUUGCCGAUGACGAGAAUGCAGAGUCAAAUUGUUUCUUCCAUAUAGCAAUGACACCAUCUGAGUGCACAAUUAUUUGCUCUGCAAGUUUAUCGACCCGUUUUUUUGCUCAGCCGUUGAAGUUGUGCAAGGAGCUAGGCUACUCAGACGUGGAAGUUUUACCAGAGGAGUACUUGAGCUUGGUUGUUGACUCUGAUGGAAGUUUUGCCAAGUCGCACAGGAUUUUGGAAUUGACAAAGCCAUUGUCGGAAAAUGAUGUGUCGCUUUUCUACAUUUCGUCCCAUUUCAAUGACGUUGUUUUGAUUCCUUCUCAUUUGAAGAAAAGAGUGGAGAAAAUUUUGGUUCUGGAGAACUUCAUAUUUUCAGAAUCUUCGGGUAGCUACAUAUCGACAUAUGACGUUGAUGACAAAGAAGAGGAGCCUGUUUUGUCAGACCUGCAUCAAAGGACGUUUGGAUUGUUGGCUAACCAUGAUAUUCACCCUCAAAUACACGAAAAACACAAGGUUUUGCUCACUGGUGCUAGGCCUGGAGAAAUAAAAUAUUGCAUCUUGAAAACCAUCAAGCUAAUCUCCUUGGCAACUUCUUUACAACCAUCUUAUUUUGCAAUCACAAGAACAUUUUCAAACGAGUUAAGUUUGAUACUACCGCAAUCAAACAAAAUGAGGCUGAAAUAUGGAUACAAGUCAACCAGUAUUAUCGGAUCAUCCCAAGAUGUUUUGGUACCUAUUGCAAUGGACUUGUCCAAGCUUCCUAUAAAUUGUACUGGUAUUGUAGCUGGAUUGGCAAAUAAAUUAAUUAUAAGAGGCGGGAAUAUGCUUGAAAUUGGGUACUUGUCUAUGGCAAAGUCUGGUGUGAUAUUGAUUCCUGAGGAGGAUUUGGGUUUGGCAAGAAGCUCUCUAAGCGAGUUUUAA